UAAUUUGAAAGGAAAAUUUUAAUGUUUGCUUUAGAAAAGGUUGCUUUAUUUAGGAAGCUGUUGUUGUAUUAGAUUUUACAGCCUUUGGAAGUGAGAUGGCUUGUGUGUGGUUUGAAACUUCUGUCACUUUUUAUUGAGUUUAGUCAUACAGAUGCAUGUGUACAGGUAAAAACUGCAGGAAAAGCACAGACAAAAUUCGCAGUAUCAAAUGGCAAGUAAAUAUUUAUUUACCAGCUUCAGAAAGAAGUAUAGCACAGAAACUAUAAUUCAUGUUUGAUUUGCUGAAUUGGGAUGUUGGGAAAUAGCAUAAUGAAUAACAGUGUGGGUCUAUCCCUUGCUUGCAUUACUUGUUCUUUCCUUCAUUGUUUGGAGCAGUGCUGUAAAGACAUUGGAGCAUUUCAUUUCUGGGUAGGAGUUCUACUCUCCUUGUCAUAUUUUUUUUCCACUAUGAGUGUCCUGUUGCUCUUCCUCAGGGAGCAAUAACUUUAGAAACUUGCUUCCUCCAGUUUAUGAAAAAUUCUCGAUUUCUGAAUAAUCUGUGACAUCACUGUGUUCCCUGUAGCAAGUAGGUUCUGAAAGGAGAGAACAGAACAGCUGCAGUUAAGAGUGCUUUGUGCUUGACCAUGCACCUGCAGAAGGUGCAGUGGGAUGUGCUGUGCUUACACCUGCUCCUGAGAACAGAAGGUUCUAUCCACAGGGCUGCAGACCUCCAGGGCAUUCACUGAUGAUAUAUUUGACAGUGACUGGUAUACCUCUCGCAGUCUCAUUGGAGGAGCUGAUAUUAUUGUGAUUAAAUACUCUGUCAAUGACAAGACUUCAUUUCAAGACUUAAAGGACAGUUAUGUUCCAAUGAUAAAAAAGGCAUUAAACCACUGUUCAGUUCCAGUAAUAAUUUCUGCUGUUGGUGCAAGAAAAAACGCAGUGCCCUGUACGUGCCCUCUGUGCACCCUGGACAGGAGGAGCUGUGUCACCACCUCCGAGGGGGUCCAGCUGGCCAAGGAGUUCGGAGCCACCUACCUGGAACUGCACGCUCUCAAUGACUUCUACAUACAGAAGUACUUUGGAGGUGUGCUGGAAUAUUUUAUGAUCCAAAGUUUGAAUCAGAAGUCAUCUGAAAAAAUGAAGAAAAGAAAAAAGGCCCAGAAAUGCCAUCGAGUGCAACCACCUCAGCUGGAACAGCCAGAAAAAAUGCCCAUUUUAAAAGGAGAAGCCUCUCACUACGACUCUGACCUGCACAACCUGCUAUUCUGCUGCCAGUGUGCAGACGUUGCCUUUUACUCAGAAGACUCCAGCAAAGUAGUGGAAGCUCACAAGGUCAUCUUGUGUUCAGUGAGCCAUGUCUUUAUGCUGCUUUUUGAUGUGAAGAGCCCUGCGGACAUCCAUGACCCCUCCAUCCUGCGCACAGCACAGAGCCUCUUUGCAGUGGAGGCUGGGGCUGGGCUGCCUGCUCCUCAUGGUGUGCCACCAUGUAGUGUGCCCGUUAGGGUGGUCGUUAAGGACUCUGUCUUCUGCUCCUGUCUGUCAGACAUCCUGCACUUCAUCUACUCAGGUGCUUUCCAGUGGGAGCGAUUAGAAGAAGAUAUAAAAAAGAAGUUGAAAGAUUCUGAAAAAACUGAGCAUGUGCUUGAGAAAGUUAAAUGUAUCCUGAAAACUCCAGGGAAGCAGGUAAACAGUUUGAGGGACUGCCAAUCUCACCAGAUAAAGCGGCUGUACAGUACUUCUCUCAGGCUGUUCUUUAACACGCCUGUCCUGGCGGAUGUCAUCUUCACAAUACAAGGUGCAACUGUACCAGCCCACAGAGCAGUUCUGGUAGCUCGCUGUGAGGUAAUGGCAGCUAUGUUUAAUGGUAAUUAUCUAGAAGCAAAUAGUAUUCUGGUUCCGGUGUAUGGGGUUUCCAAAGACACUUUCCUCUCCUUUCUAGAGUAUCUUUAUACCGACUCCUGCUGUCCAGCCAGUAUUCUCCAAGCUAUGUCCCUCUUGAUCUGUGCAGAGAUGUACCAAGUAAUGAGGCUCCAGCAUAUCUGUGAGCUCUACAUUAUCACACAGCUCCAGAGCAUGCCUAGUAGAGAACUGGCAUCCACAAGUCUUAGCAUUGUUAGCCUGCUCAAAAAAGCUAAGUUUCACAAUUCUGAUUGCCUUUCCACUUGGCUUCUUCAUUUUAUUGCCACUAACUACCUCAUCUUCAGUCAAAAGCCUGAAUUUCAAGAUCUUUCAGGGGCAUGGUUAUGCCUUCCCUACCUCCUGUCACCAGCUUUAGGACACUGCCAUCACAAAGGGACAGUACAGAUGUCAGGAAAGUUGCAGCUAAGGUAUUUUAAAGCCACCAUUCUCAUUCCAGAAACUAAAGCAAAAAUUAAGUAUUUUGUGUAUACAUAUUUUUACAUGCAAAAUUUCAUUAAUGAGUGGGAUUCCCUGUCUUCAGUUUCCAAAAGUGCCUUGAUGGAUUGUCAGACUUGCUUAAGGUUUCAGUGGGUCUUUGUUUAUCCUGUGUCUUCAGCAUAAGGCUGAAUGAAUGUUUCAGACAUGCCAAAUAGCAGUGUAUCAUAUUUGCAACUGGGCAGAUUCAGAUUAAUGCUGAAACUUCCCGCUGCUGAGGAAGUCCACAAUCUGUCUCAUGCUGGAGGAGACUUCUGCAUCCUUGGCACAAGGUGAGGUACUGGGUAGUACUCCUAUAUCCAUUAGAUUGACUACAACUGAGUUUCCCAGGCCACAUCUUGGUUAGAGGUUUACAGAGAACAGCAUCCAUUAGCCAAAUUCUUCUACCAGGGGUCAGUGGAAUUCCUCUUUACACCUUAUGCAGGCCUCGAGCAGCACCAAUCUAAGAUACAAAAAAAUGAAGUGACUGGGACAGAAUACCAGCUGUGUGCUUGGGAUGGAAUUCCAUUUUGUCCAGAUAAACAAGCUUUAUCCUUCCAUUGGCCCUUCCUUUAGAGGUUCUCUGAAUGAUGUAUCCUACCCUCCUAAGUGAGAAAACCUGUGAUGCAAAAGUCAGCUAGUGAGAUCAGAUGUAAUACAUCCUGCUCUGCUUUGCUUUUUUGAAUUCCAUCUGUUUAUUUUCUGUAAGUCCUUAACACCUUCCAGACAUUUAAUUUACACAUAAGGGCAGGGUGGCUGCCUUCAGAGGAAGGGAACCCUGCAGAGAACCCAGCCCAAGCCCUUGCUCAGAGCAUGGUCUCCUUGAGCAGGUUGCUCAGGAUCAUGUCUGUAGGGGUUUGAAUGUCUCCAAAAAUGGAGAACCCAGAGACAGAACAACCAAAUGUUUUCCUUAUAUUUAGAUGAAGUCUUCUGCAUUUCCAUUUGCCCUCAUUACCUCUGGUUAUGGCACUGGGCAGCACAGGGAAGAAAACACCAGAACUCAUCCUUUCUUUUUUAACUUGUCCUUAACCUUAGAGAUUAUAGGCAGAAACAGGAUCUCUCCCCCCUGCCCAAAACAGGGCUUCCCUGUUAGCUGCAGCAUGGUAGAUGGAAAAGCACACAGUUUUGUAUCAAAACAUAGACAUUCUGAGCUCUGCCCAUUCCUUUGCAGAAUUUAAAAAGAAAACAUUCGACAGCUGGGCCCUCUGCACACCGUACUGCAGUUCCUUGCCAGGCAUCAGCUGUGUGCUUAGUACACCACAGAAAAUUCUAGCACAGGCAUUUCCUGGUUUCAACUUCUUGUUCACUGUCUGUUCUGAGAAAAAAAAAAAAAAGAGAGAGAACUUCUGAGAUCAGCUGCUAUGCCAAGAUUAUUUUAUCUGCUUGGUGUGUCUCAGCCUUUGUAAUAGGUUUUGUCUGGUUUUCAGUAACCAGUUUCCCAUCUCGAAAAUACAGCAAAGUUUAAAUACCACCUUUGUGGGUUGUUUUUUUUUUUUUGAAAACUGUGUAUACUAAAUUCAUUGAUUUGAAAGCUGACAGAUUUUGGGAAACUGCAACAGGUGCUUAGGGUAUUUCUGAAGUAGCUUUGCCUAAAGAUUGUUACUUGGUCACUUUGGGGAGCUCUUACAGUGAGAAUAUGCUGCUCAGAGUAAUCACAGAAUCACAGAAUGGUUUGGGUUGGAAGUGAUAUCAAACCCCACCCAGCCCCGACCCCAUGACGUGGGCAGGGCUGCCCCACACCAGCUCAGCUUCCCAGAGCCCCAUCCAGCCUGACUUUGAGCACCUCCGAUGGGGCACCACAGAUUCUCGGGGCAGCUGUGCCAGAGCCUCACCACCCUCUGAGUAAAGAAUUUCAGCCUAACAUCUAACAUAAAAUCUCCCAUCUCUUAGCUUAAAUCCAUUUCCCCUUAUCACUUUCAAAAUGGGAAACAGUGGGUCCCCUUCUGGCUUAUAGGCUCCCUUCAAGUACUGGAUGGCGACAAUGAGGUCUCUGCACAGCCUUCUUUUCUCCUGACUUAACAAGCCCAGAUCCCUCAACCUUUCUUCAGAACAGGAGAAGUGCUCCAGCUCUCUGAUCAUCUUUGUGGCCUCUGGAUCCACUCUAACAGCUCUACAUCCUGUUUAUGCUGGGGGGUCCUAGGCCUGGAUGCAGUACUGCAGAUGGGGCUUCACAAGGUCAUAACAGAAGGAGACAAUCCCAUCCCUCUCCCUGCUGCCAUUCUUCUUCUCACACAGCCAAGGAUAUGGUUGGUGGAUUCAGAGAUUCAGAGAAGGUAGGGAACCUUUGAAAUCACACUUGACAUUGAAGAAAAUAAGAGCCCAAAUAAUUCCUGUAAUGUGGGAGACAAGUAUAGCUGAGAGAUAUCUCCCCUUCAAGAAGUACCUCAGAGGCCUACUGUUCUGGCUGUUUCUGCUUAUGUGACAGCUCCCAGAACUAGAUUGUGUCCUGUGCCUCUGUAUAUGUCAAAAAUAACAUAUAUAGUCAUGCCUUUGCGUGACAAAAAGCUCCGAGGAUCCUGUUUUCCUGAGCCUUGGGCUGAAGACUCCCAGGGAAAAUCAGGCUGCAAGAGAGGAUUCAAACUGUCAUAUUCUUUCCAAUGUAAUGACAAACAGCUGACAAAGAAUCUGCAGCCAGUAAUUGUUGAGAAGUUCAAAGUUUGCUCCUUUGGAACAUUUAAUAUGGUAGUGUUUCUGAGUUAAGAAAUCCUACCCACAGUUAUAAAAACACAGAAGAUUCCCUUCAAUUUGUUCAGUUCUGUGUAUGAGAAGAAAAGUCUUAAAAGUCAGGCCUUGAUUUUAUCAGAUUUCUCAAAGGGAACUCAGAAAAAGCCCAUCUGGGUCAACUGGGGGUUUUGCAACCUCCAUUGCUCCCUUUGGAGCACAGUCACCUGGCUGACUUCAUCUUCUGAUACUGCUCCAGAACAUUCAGCUCCACCUGGCUCGAGAUUUUUCCCCCAAGGGGUUUCCUUACCUUGUGGACAAAGCAGCCGUCAUCAUCCUCGCUGUACUCUUUGUUUAGUUUACAUUCUUGCUGUAUGUCUGGCGCAUGCUACACAAACAAGGAAAGAGACGCUACAGAAGCUGAGGAGGCAAAGUGUCACAGAGAGUAGCUACUUGUGGGUGUGGAGUUAACUGGAGUGAUAAUCGUCUGGAUUUAUGUGUAAAUUCUACAGUGUGGGGUCUUGCUAUGAGAAAAUAAUGAUUACAAUUAGCUGUAAAACGUCUGUUCAUCCUUGUACAUGUGCCAAACGCAUUUAAAUAAUGGUCUACAUUUCCAAAUGAGGGAUUAGCAGCUCGCUCUUUGUGGAAAACCUUGGGAGGGCUUUCCUCAUCAUUGUUUAUACAGGAGAUGCACAGGCAUCGCCAGAGUUACAAAACUCCCCAGAAAGACUGUUUUGCAGAUGUCUGCGUGCUGUGAUAACUGCUGGUAACAGCAGCUAGAUGUGGAGGCUACUAGUCUGCAAAGGGGAGACCUGAAAUACAGAAGGGGGAGAGGUUUAGGCUGCAGUUCAGUGGGUAUUUAUGUUUAUAUUUAUAGUCUGUGAUCAGAGUUCAAGGCAGCUUCUGCUGUAAGAGGCUGUGGUUGUGGUGCUGUGUGUGGGGGUUUACAAGGGAGAGCCUUCCCGCAUCCAUCAUAGGCUGGCUGCACAAAGUUAUUAAUAGAUGCAAAACUGUGGCUUUUGGGUUUAAAUAUUUUAGUCGUUGCCCACAGGGCUAUUUGUUUAUUUGCUGCAUAGUGUAUCAGAGCUACUCAUUCUGCGACAUAGAUAGAAUUUAUUUGCAUAUAUCCAUGGUCUACAAUCAAUAGGUUUGUACAGGAUUUAUCCGUCACCUAUCCAGUGCCUCACAGAUUCCACAGUACUUGCUUUUUCUAGAGCUUAUUGAAACAAAAGUGUGAAAAUCCUAGAAAGGUUCACUACUUUUGGAUAUUUGCCUGAGAAUAUCUUGAAAGGGGAAUAUACGUCCUCUUUGGGAAAACCAUGCUAAGAAAAUGUGUAAAAAUGCAUCAUUAAUGUAAGGAAAAAUGAAAAGAGAAGUGUAAUGCUAAUGCAAAAAUGUCUGCAUAACUGUCAAAGGUAUUUAGGCAUUAUUUUUUUGUUAAAUAGAAGAUGAUAAAUUCAAUGGGAGACUCCGAAUGAUGACAGUAAGGAACUAAUUCAUUUUCUUCCCAGAAGAAAGGGAGUUGCAGUCUUGAUCUGGGCAAGAGUGGUGGGGAAACAGCCCAGCUGAAAUUCCAGCAAAUUCCAGCAAACUCAGCAGAUUCCGAUGAUGCAGCCACAUGUAUGGCUGGAAGCUAUUUUCAGUAGCCAGCCGGGAGUUAACAGACAUCCAGUCCAAAACCAAUAGUAUUGCCAUGGUUUCAAAAUCAUUUCCCUUAAUGUUGGAUUUAUUCAAAAGUGGAGAGAAUAUUUGGGAUCUCAGCUGAACACAGGGCUAACUUACCUUUACUGACAGUCUGCUCCUCUAUAGGAAUUCUUUAAGCACAGAGCACCACGAUCAGAAUGUAUUUAUAAUGUUAGGAGAAGAUACAACUGAUGUUUUGUUUAGUUGUUUUAUUUGCAGGAUGGAGUGUUAUGCCUUUGAAGACUGAGUGAGAUGUGAUCGGUGUGGCUGGCAUUAGGUGAACAUCGGUCAUUUGCAGACAUCUCAUCUAGUUAAAGGUGAAGCAUUAGAAGCUGUUUUGAUGAAGAGCUGGAAUGAAAUUCCCAUUAUCUGGAUAUUAUAGUGAUGUGGCAGGAGGAAAUAGUUGUGUGUAUCAAUGAAAGAAUUCUUUUUAGCUGGAAAUGUGGUAUUUCUGGCACUUCACUUAUGGGCAGCACAGAAGCAGCCAUGUUCUCAGCCUCUUGCAGUGAAAACUGUUUGCACUCUGGAAACUCAGUAAGUUUGGUGUUAUUACAAGAACAGUGGUUUUUGCUCUGGUUACAUGCAGAUGAGUGUGGCUGUAGUCUGUUGUACGCAAUGAAGAACAGACUGAGAUGCAGUUACAGUGGUGAAUAGAUACCAAAUAAACGUCGCCUGGAGUGAAGCUGCACUCCUGGGAGCGUGUGGCUUGUUCGGGAGCUUUGAACCCCAGCGUAUUUCUGCGUGAGACUCGAACAACAGUCGAACUUUGUUGCUGACUCCCGGCGGUGCUGCACUGAUCCUGAGCAGCCCUGCGCUGUGCGCAACCUCCGCCGGGAGGCGGCAGCGCUCCGCGAGUUGAUGCUGUCGGUCCGGUACUUGAGUUAAGCUGUGACACUGGAUGACUUGCAGGCACAGGGGGUACAGCCGGAAAGAUGAGCUGUGGUAAUUGAAGAUGGCACACGAGUAAAAUGUGUGGG